ACAUACACUAGGCUAUCUAUCGCGCGCACGCGUCGUGUCGAUGGGUAUCGAGGAAGAAAGUCGGGAAUAUCGAGAUACAAAUUACAUCGCCGAGGUGAGAGGCAUCGAGCGUACGCGUACGACUUGAAGGCUUGAACUGCCACAUAUGCCGCAGUGAAAUUUUACAGACCUCGGGUAACUUGACUUCGACGUUGACUACGGUUUCGAGGUUAGGUUGUGUUUGCGACCAGUCAUCCUGGGAUCUGUUUCAAAACUUAAAAGUAGGACAAAGAUGAUGGCAAAGAUGACGGCUAGCGAUACUUAUGUAUAGGCAUUAUCUUUAUCUGUGUCAGAUAUGCUGAUGACUUCUGGAAUUGGAGUUUUUCAAGGUUAUGAGAUACGCGACUGUAUAAAUAAUGUAUCCUAUCUUUUUUAUAUUUUUCUAAAGUGAUCCAGUUUUGAUUCACCAUUGACAGGAAUAGAAAAUUUUCCUUUGAGGGAAAAUGUAGGAAGAGUUUGAAUUUAUUUUCAUUAAUCAUUUUGGAAUCGUGACCGUCAUUGGAAUCGUCACAUAUAACAUUGAUAUACUUAUAUAAUACCUAGCUCGAUCUGACCACUGAUCUUAUAUAUUUAUACUAUGAUUUCCACGUAGUUUUAAUUCAUAUGCUUAUUUAUCUUGAAUUUAUAUUUAAAAAAGAUUUCAAUUUUGUUUUGAUAAUUAUUUCAACAGUAGAAACAAAAUGUAAAAACGUAAACAUUUGGUUUUGUUGAAAAAAUUCCUAAAAUUAAGUACGUAAAAAGUAAAUAUACAAUGGAGACAAGAGCUGUGAUUGUUUCUGGUGAGGCACCUGAAUCGGACGAUGAAGCUGCUGUUAUAAGUGUAAAAACAGGGAUGAUGUUUCCAUCAAUUUUAGUAUCCAACUCAUGUGGGACUAUGAUCCAAGGAGAGGCAAGAGAAUCAGAUGAUGAAAACAACAGUGUGAGCAGUGCAAGCUAUGCUAUUGAUCCGUCCACGUGUUCUUACGCAGAUUUAAAAGGACAACGAAGUGAAAAAAGUUGUGUCAAGUACAACAGUUUACUUCAUAAGAAGUUGCGUGAAUGUAACAAAGCACUUGAUAGAAAUUUCAAAGAGUUACUGAGUACAACUAUCACUAAAUCGGUAGAUGACUUAAAUGAUACCAAUAGACAACUUCUGAAAAGUGAAUUAGUCUUACAGGAAACAGUCAGCAAAACACGAAUUUCUGCAACGCAAUUUGAGGAUACCCUGAAAUCUUUAUCAAGGAUCAUAGACGAAGAUUAUUUUAAAAAUGUUAAGCUAUAAAUUAUUUCUUAAUAUAAGAGAGAAUACCAAAUGAUGUAUAUACUCUAUUAGGUUAUAAAUAUUGUUGUUAAGAUUGUAUAAAACACUAGUUUUUAUUAUAAAAUUAUAUACUAUGCACAGGUUAAAAAUCUA